AUGACACAAUUUGCCUUAGUUGUAGCAGCUACAGAAGAGUUAGGUAUUGGUUUACGCAGUAACUUGCCUUGGAGAAUUCCAAAGGAUAUGGCAUUUUUCAAGUCUGUUACCUCGCAUGUGCCAAGGACAUUACAAAACUCCAAUGUUCAAAAUGUAGUUAUUAUGGGUCGUGUUACUUGGGAAUCUAUCCCAGCCAAGUUUCGACCUUUAGAUAAUCGAUUCAAUAUUAUUGUAUCUAGAAACUUAAAUUAUGAUUUACAAUUAACAGAUUCAACAGCAAAAGCUAAUACUCUACUUGUGAAUUCACUGGAGAAAGCUUUUGAAGCAGUUGAUCCUUCUAAGCAUGCGCGUGUUUUUGUAAUUGGUGGAGCACAAAUUUAUAAAUUAGCUAUUCAGCAUGCAAACUGUUCACACAUUGUGUUGACAAGAGUUAAAUCAAAAGUUGAUUGUGAUACAUUUUUUCCUACAAUUCAAGAUACUGACUUUCGUUUAGCCAGUCAUCAAGAGUUUGAGGACUAUGUGGAGCAACAGGUGCCUGAAGGAGUUCAAAAAUACAAGGAACUAGAAUACGAAUUCACAUUAUACAUUAAAAAAGAAAAAAAAUAA